AUGGCACGAUACCAAGGUAGAAGGCCCAGAUCACCGUCCUCUCCACCUACAUUCGCGCUAUUGUCAGUCGCUAGCCGUACAAUUCGGCUUGAUUGCUUUUGGUUCUUCCUGUCCAGUAUAAAAGGUGCGCUGCAGGCUAGAAGAGAUGUUCCGGUCGUUCACGACUCCCCGGCGAACGUCUCUAGGCUUGAUUCCUGGCUCCGGUACUACGGAGUACGAUCGGCCUUUCGCAUAGAGGCUGGGACGUAG